AACCGUAAAUGAUGGGGCCGGUUAAGUUAAUUUAUUUGUUUUGUUUUAUAAGUUGUGUAUGUUGUCAGUUUAGAGUCGAUCCAUUAGUUUUGAUAGACCAGGGGUUGGUUAGAGGAAGGAGAUCUGCUGAUGCAAGCUACUCAUCCUUCUUGGGAGUGCCUUAUGCGCGGGUUGAUUUGGAAAAUCCCUUCGGACCUGCCCUGCCUCAUCCAGGUUUCGAUGACGAGAUAUUUAAUGCGUUCGAUGGCUCCCUGCAAUGCCCACAAUCCAUCACGUCUGCAUCUAGAGCUACAAGCAGCGCGGAUGAAACACUGGAUUGCUUGCGUCUCAACGUAUACGUGCCAACAGUAGCCAGUUCCCAGAAUCCCUUACCCGUACUAGUAUGGAUUCAUGGUGGCAUAUAUUCUGUUGGCAGUGCUGGCAAUUAUGGACCUGAGAACCUUGUCAAGCAAGGAAUACUAGUAGUUACUAUGAAUUACCGGUUGGGCCCAUACGGAUUCAUGUGCCUGGAUGUACCAGAAGUACCAGGCAAUCAGGGUCUGAAAGAUCAAUACGACGCUCUUCGUUGGGUCAGAAGAAAUAUCCGAGCUUUUGGAGGAAAUCCAUACAAUGUCACAAUUGGGGGACAAAGUGCCGGUGCUGGCUCAGUUUUGCUUCACCUAUACUCUAAUAGGGAUAAGCUUUACAAUAAAGUAAUUGCACAGAGUGGUACCCCUCAAAAGCCAGUAUCAUUUGUUGAUGCUGAUGUGGAAUCUGCGAUUAAAAUAGCAUCGUUUUUAGGUUUCAACACGUCAAAUACAGCUGAAGCCUUAAAUUUUCUGAAGAGUACUCCUCAUGAGUUAGUAUCUGCUGCAGCCGCAGAUUUAAAUUUAAAAUUACGGCCAUGCAAAGAGAGAUCAUUCAGUGGAAUUGAAAAUUUCAUUAACAGUGAUCCGUUCUCAAUGUCUAAUGAGAAAAAAGUAAAGAACACGCCAAUUUUAAUUGGGCAAACAAGCAAGGAACAUUAUGGUUCACAGGCAAACAAUGACGACGCAUAUUAUGAAAGCGAUCCAUUUUACGAUACACUAAAUGAAAGUUUUAAUUUAAACGAAAAUGAAUUAUUGGAAGCUGCUGAAAUAGUAAAGCAUUUCUACAUCGGAGACAAGCCGAUAUCGAAGGAGGUGGUUGAUGAAUUGGAAACGUUUACAACAGAUAUAUUAUACAAUCACCCGAUUGAACGAACAGUUUCUAAUUUGUUAAAAGAAAAUGCCAAUCCUAUGUUUGAAUAUCAGUUCAAGUAUGUUGGUAACAAAGAUAUAGCGGGUGCGCCACACAACGAGGAAUUGAAAUAUUUGUUCCAAUUUUAUGACGAAAUAGUCGAAAAAAAUGAACAGAAUGAACUUAUAGUGAAGCGAAUGACGAAACUUUGGUGCAAUUUUGUUAAGUACGGUAAUCCAACACCUGAAGUUGACGAGCUGUUGCCUGUGAAAUGGCCUAAAGUAACCAAAGAGUUGAGGCCUUACAUGACAAUAGAUACAGAGCUGAACAUUGAACAUAGAAUAAACAAGGAAAGAAUGGCUUUCUGGGACCUGUUCUACAAAACAUACGGGAAAUAUAACACAUUUAAUAGGAACUGUAACAAACACUUGUGAAACUAUAAUUAUUUGUAAACAAUAAAGUGUAUUAAUUUUGA